UGUAUGCAAAUAAACAUCGGCAACGUCAAUGUAAAUUAGCAGGACUACUUAAUCCUUGAAGUUUAUCAUUUGAAAAUGCUCCAGCGUGACAUUAGAAGCAGCAAGGAAGUUUGAACUCUUCGAAGGAUCAAGUAAAAGAAUACAGGAUACACAACACUGGAAAGCGAUUUUAAUCGAUCCAGGAUUCAACAUGAACGUCACACAAGUCACCCCAAAAUUACGAUCUAUGAAUAGCACUUUUAACCAGGAUCCAAGCAUGGAAACAUACCAGGUGUUAAUCCUAGUGGCCUGUUACUCCAUUGUGUCUCUCGUAAUUUUGACCGUGAACUACCUCAUGGUGCGAGCCUUUAUCACAAGUCAAUCGCUACUAUACAAUCAGAGGUACUUCCUGGGAUACCUCGCCUGCGCUGAUCUUGCGGUGGGACUGGUAUCGAUACCAACCUUCUUGUACAACAUGAGCAACUGGCCAAGUUACAGCUUUUAUAUUUAUGAAGCAACUGACUGUGCAUCUGGAUUUGGCUCAGCUGGCAUUCUUGUGGCUCUAUCGGUACAAGCAUUACGUUCAACUUUUAAGUCCCCGACUCGGUAUGCGGGUUAUCCUAAAAAGCGCAAUUUCUACCUCGUCAUCGCGGGCUCAACGUUUAUUGCUGGUUGUGCUGCGGCAUUUAAUGUUGCAUGUCUAAUGGAUUAUGUUUCUUUCUUCGUUUACUUCUACUUAGCGGUUGGUUUCUUCGCCAUAACUGCUCUCUUCCUUAUUGUCACGUGUACAGUGGUAACGGUUUCUCAGCUGUGUGGCAAGGUGCGUGAAACUGAUCGCGACGAAGACAAGAAAAUAAGAAAAUCAGUGAUGGCAUCAUGUGCUAUCUAUGUAUUUUUAUGGGUCUUUCCCUAUACUGGUUUUACGUAUUAUAACUUUUGCAACUUUUGUGUCGCUGUUUCUGUUACGUUUCUGUACAGUAUCAGAAUCCUUUUGUAUCUGAAAUCAUUUGUAAUGCUCGGAUUUUAUUUGUAUACCAUCAGUUCACUUCAUAGAACUGUGAAGAAAAUCCUUACUUUUGACUGCCUUGGAAUACCAAGAUAUCAGUACACCAGAAAAGAUGAAUUUUAAUAUCUAUUACAAUGUCUCAAACGCGUUUAACUCAAAUAAUAACGUUUCCGACCAAGUUGCGGGUUAAUAUGCUCAGCGGCAUCAGCAAAUAGCGAUAAGCAAGUAUUCAAAGGGAUUAUACAUAUUUAAAAUUCACGUUUGUUAUAAACUGUCACCUGUGAGGACUUUUGUAAUAUUUACUUAUACUUCAGAGCUUUUGCAGAGCAUGUCUACUUGAAAUAUUCAACAGAGCUGAGAGCCUUGAUGCGCCUUGGACUCGAAAAAAAAAAUGUAAACUCAAAUAAAUCAAGAUCCCAAUGUACAGUACCUUUGCUUUCAAAUAUUUUUCAUUGUUCGAGCGAGGAAAUGUGUUGUUAGUGAAAUUAGUGCUCUCAAAAGACACGCAAACUUAAAUCAUUCACACUAAAAAUUAUCUGAUCUCCCCAGACAGAAGACAGUUUUCAGUCAUACUAUACUGAAGUUUAGACAAACUCUACCUGAGUGUAAUUCUAAAUCUUGUUUGCGGUUUUGAGAUUGAAAAAUAUUCUAUAAAGAUUACAAACAAUAAUGGUCCAAAAUCAGUCAGUUUUGGGGAUAUUUCUAUGUUUCGAGUAUUGUUGAAAUUGGGUUGUCCGAUCUAUUUUUGAAAUCAUAGCAAAAUACAAAACCAUCCUUGAGGGCAAUGUAGCCAGCUGCAUUUUUGUGCGAAACGAGCACCGUUUUUCAUCAAAGUUCAGUGUCA